AUGGGUCAAUUUUUCUUUCAGCGUAUAAACGUUGGUCGAUAUAUAGAAUUGUUUUUUGGGGUUUUUUUCAUAAAAGUUAUUUUGAAAUCUCGCUCACUAUCUUUCUCUUUCUCUCUAUUUCUCUCUCAUUCUCUUUCUUUUUUCUCUACUACUCUUUCUUCCUCUCUCUUUCUAUUUCUUUCUCUCUCUUUCUCUCUCUUUCUCUUUCUCUCUCUAUCUUUCUCUCUCAUUCUCUUUCUUUUUUUUUUUUCUCUUUUUCUCCUUUCUUUUCUCUCUUUCUCUCUCCUUCACUUUUUCUCUUUUCUUUCUCUCUCCUUCGCUUUUUCUCUUUUCUUUCUCUCUCCUUCGCUUUUUCUCUUUUCUUUCUCUUUCUUUCUUUUUUUUCUCAACUUCUCUCUUUCUCCUCUUUUUUUCAUUCUUUGCUCUCUUUAUCUUUCUCUCUCUUUUGUUUUCUCUCUUUUCUUUCUUCUCUCUCUUUCUUUCUUCUCUUUCUCUUUCUUUUUUUCUCUUCUUCUUUCCUCCUCUCUCUUUCUUCUCUUUCUCUCUUUCUUUCUUUCUUUUUUUUUUCUCUUUCUUUCUCUCUCUUUCUUUCUCUUUCUCUCUCUUUCUUUUCUCUCUCUUUCUCUCUCUCUUUUUCUCUUUCUUUCUCUUUCUCUUUCUUUCUCUCUCUUUCUCUCUUUCUCUCUCUCUUCUCUCUUUCUCUCUCUUUUUCUCUCUCUCUUCUCUUUCCUCUCUCUCUCUCUCUCUUUCUUUUCUUUCUUUUCUUUCUCUCUUUCUCUUUCUCUCUUUUAUCUUUCUCUCUUUCUCUCUCUUUCUCUUUCUUUUUUUCUCUACUUCUCUUUCUUCCUCUCUCUUUCUAUUACUUUCUCUCACUUUUUCUUUCUCUCUCUUUAUCUUUCUCUCUCUAUCUUUCUCUCUCUCUUUUCUUUCUCUCUCUAUUUCCUUCUGCCUCUCUGUUUCACUCUGCCUCUCUGUUUCUCUUUCUCUAUCAUUCUAGAUAUGUCUAUUUCUCUCUCUCUCUCUCUCUCAUUCCCUCUCUUUCACAUCUUCUCUCUUUCUCUUUCUUUUCUCUGUACCUCUCCUUUUCUAUUUCUCUCACAUUCUCUCUUUUUCUAUUUCACUUUCCCUACCUUUCCCUUUCUCUUCCCGCCCCCCCUCUCUCUCACUCUAUUUACUUCAUAUCUAUCUAUCUAUCUAUCUAUCUAUCUAUCUAUCUAUCUAUCUAUCUAUCUAUCUAUGUAG